GAGAAAGCAUUAAUGUGAUGCCUUACAAGCCUUUUAGAAAGUUGCAUUUGGGUGAAUUGAAGCCCACUAGACUUAGUGUCACAUUGGCCGAUCGUUCUUUCAUUAGUCCUAGGGAUAUUGUGGAGGACGUCAUAGUGAGAGUUGGCAAUUUCUAUCGUCCGACAUAUUUUGUUAUCCUUGAUAUUUGUGAAGAUGCGGCUAACGCCACUCAUACUAGGACGCCCCUUCCUUGCCACCACCAAGGCUUUAAUCGAUGUUAAUGAGGGAAAUCUUGUUUUGAGAGAUGGAGAGGAGCAACUCACUCUUUCAAUUGAUCCUAAGGUUAAGAAUGAUGUUGCGAAAGAAAUGGACUCGAGUGGUAUGAAUGGAAGUGGAGGUGAGCCUCUCAAGGCAAACCCCACUAGUGUGUGUGUUCCAUUUGAUGAUGAGGUGCAGGAAACCAAGGCAGGUACUAAGUCCAGAGGAAAGAAGAACAGAGCGUGGAGGGAUAGGCUUAACCGAGCCCUCUCCCAACCAAAAGAUAAGGAUAAGGCGAAAGUGUCGGGCCAAAGGGGCACCCUAUAGAGCUAAAUGUAGGAGGUGAAAAGCCUCACUCCAAGACCGUGGCAGAUGAACUCUCGGUGGUUUCAUGCCCUCAAGCAUGAUAGAUCCGCAACAUCAAGCUAGUGACGUUAAACUAGUGCUUGUUGGGAGGCAACCCAAUGACGGUUUGUUUUCUUUUCCUUAUUUUUCUCUUUUUGUGUGUGUGUGUGUGUGAAGAGUUCAAGUGUUAGAUUUGGGUACCACCGUGCCAAGUCUCUGUUGUUUUGUGUUUUGGGAUGUGUGUGAACGAAUUAGGGGCACAGUUGAGUAGAUCGAGUGAAAGAUUUUUGGGAGUGCCCUGUUUUUCACUCAGUUCACGGUUUGUGCGUUCAGUUCACGGUCUUAGUGACCGUGACCAACCUUGACUCGCUAAAACACAACUCCAAACAAAGGCCAAGUGUAACCAAUGAAAGGGACUGCAGUAU